CAGCCGGCGGCAGCGGCGGCGCGUCGACGUCGACUCCUGACCUCUUUAUCAUCGGCGCGAUAUCGCAGACGUCGCGCACUCGGCCCACGGCCCGCUCUCUGACAAGCGUCGCUGUAAGUUUGUGGAAAUUAUAUAAUAUUGUAUAAUAUCACUAUUAGGUACUUGAUUCGAUUUUCGGCAGCGAAGACAAACGAAGAAUUAAUUCGCAGGAGACAGAAACAUGUUGUGGGUGUGCUGCUGGUCGGCGCUGCUGGCGGCGGCGCUGGGCUGCGAGCUGGUGCCGGGCGAGCACGCGCGCCCCAAGUCUCCCGGGGACAACUUCUACCGCAUCCUCAUUAACGGGGAGGUGGAGCGGUACGCGCCCGAGCAGCGCUAUGUGGUGACUCUCGUCGGCUCGCGCACACACUCGGUGGUGCAACAGUUCACAAAGUUCCAGCUCCUGCUGGACCCGCUGGACCCGGCGGCGCCCCGGAGCCCUCGCAAGCAGGGCCAGUUCCAGCUCUUCGCCGACACCCUCACCAAGUUCGACGAGGAGUGCACCAACUCGGUGAUCGAGUCCGAUGACCUGCCCAAGACUGAGGUGCAGGUCAUGUGGAAGGCACCGCCGGCUGGCUCCGGUUGUGUUUUAUUUAAGGCCAUGGUAUACGAGAACGCGAGCCGCUGGUUCGCGCAGGACGGGCAGCUCACCAAGCGCAUCUGCGAGGACGCGGCGCUGUCGGCGCCCGACUGCUGCGCCUGCGACGACGCCAAGUACAAGAUGGUGUUCGAAGGCUUGUGGUCUCCUCAGACACACCCGAAGAACUUCCCCGUGCAGGCGCUGUGGCUGACGCACUUCUCCGACGUGAUCGGAGCCACGCACCCCAAGAACUUCAGCUUCUGGGGCGAGGGGGAGAUCGCUACUGACGGAUUUAGAUCCCUGGCCGAAUGGGGCUCGGUGGGUCUGCUGGAGCGCGAGCUGCGGCAGCAGGGCUCCGUGCUGCGCUCCAUCGUGAAGGCGGCGGGGCUGUGGCACCCGCGCCUCAACCAGAACACCAGCGCCACCUUCAGCGUCGACAGGAAGAGGCACUUGCUCUCGCUCGCCUCUAUGUUCGGGCCGUCCCCCGACUGGGUGGUGGGCGUGAGCGCGCUGGAGCUGUGCAACAAGGACUGCACGUGGGCCGCCAGCAAGGUCAUCGACCUGUUCCCGUACGACGCCGGCACCGACGACGGCAUCUCCUACAUGUCCCCCAACGCUGAAACGACGCCUCGGGAGAAGAUGUACCGCAUCACUACCAUGUACCCCGAGGACCCGCGCGCGCCGUUCUACAACCCCGACCAGAAGCAGAUGAACCCCAUGGCCCGGCUCUACCUGACGAGGGAGAAGCUCAUAGCCCGCUCCUGCGACGAGCAAGUGUUGCUGAGCCAAGUGGUGGAGGAAGCAGAGAAUACGGAGUCUACGAACAGGCCGGAGUGCGCGGUGUCGGAGUGGAGCGCGUUCUCUGCGUGCUCGGUGACGUGCGGCAAGGGGCUGCGCAUGCGCACGCGCGAGUACCGCCUGCCGCAGAAGGCGCAGAUGUUCGCCUGCGACCGCCAGCUCGUGUCCAAGGAGAUGUGCGUCGCCGCCGUGCCCGAGUGCGAGGGAGACAGUGCAAAUGAAGCAGACUCUGAGUAUGAGGCGGAAGCGGGAGCGAGCGCGGGCGCGGAGGCGGCGGGCAUCUGCCGCACGUCGGAGUGGGGCGCGUGGAGCGAGUGCUCCGUAACGUGCGGCGUGGGCAUCAGCACGCGCCGCAGACACUUCCUCAACCAGAUGGGGCUCAAGAAGUGCCCGCUCGUGCACGUCGACGAGAACCGCAAGUGCAUGCAGCCGCAGUGCACGGAGGAGGAGGCGGCCGACGUGUCGGACCCCGCGUGCCCCACCAGCGACUGGGCGGCGUGGUCCCCGUGCUCGGCGUCGUGCGGCCGCGGGGUGCGCUUCCGCACGCGCCUGCUGCUGGUGCCGGCCGAGCAGCAGCAGCAGUGCGCGGCGCGCGUCGAGCUCAUGCAGCAGCGCGCGUGCCAGGAGCAGGCCGACUGCACCCUCGACAUGCUCACCGCCAAACGCAUCUGCAUGGAGGCGCCGGAGCAGGGCCCGUGCCGCGGCGUGUACCAGCGCUGGGCCUUCGCCGCCGCCAAGGGCAUGUGCGUGCCCUUCAGCUACGGCGGCUGCCGCGGCAACCAGAACAACUUCAUCUCGCAGCAGGACUGCCUCGACACCUGCAGCGUCGUGCUCGGCGGCGCGGGCGCGGGUGCGGGCGCGGCGCCCCCGGUCGCGAGCUCCAACUACCCCGGCCUCAGCAUCAGCUCCAUCGAGCCGGCGCCGCCGGCUAGCAACGUGCCGGCGAGCGCGGGCUGCCAGCUGAGCGAGUGGAGCGAGUGGAGCCGCUGCAGCGUGUCGUGCGGCGUGGGCUACCAGCAGCGCAGCCGGACUGUACUGGUGAGUGCCGCAGCAGCGGUAGACUCUGUCACACUGCUGCGCAGAGGCCGGCGAGCGCGGGCUGCCAGCUGAGCGAGUGGAGCGAGUGGAGCCGCUGCAGCGUGUCGUGCGGCGUGGGCUACCAGCAGCGCAGCCGGACUGUACUGGUGAGUGCCGCAGCAGCGGUAGACUCUGUCACACUGCUGCGCAGAGGGCGGCGAGCGCGGGCUGCCAGCUGAGCGAGUGGAGCGAGUGGAGCCGCUGCAGCGUGUCGUGCGGCGUGGGCUACCAGCAGCGCAGCCGGACUGUACUGGUGAGUGCCGCAGCAGCGGUAGACUCUGUCACACUGCUGCGCAGAGGGCGGCGAGCGCGGGCUGCCAGCUGAGCGAGUGGAGCGAGUGGAGCCGCUGCAGCGUGUCGUGCGGCGUGGGCUACCAGCAGCGCAGCCGGACUGUACUGGUGAGUGCCGCAGCAGCGGUAGACUCUGUCACACUGCUGCGCAGAGGGCGGCGAGCGCGGGCUGCCAGCUGAGCGAGUGGAGCGAGUGGAGCCGCUGCAGCGUGUCGUGCGGCGUGGGCUACCAGCAGCGCAGCCGGACUGUACUGGUGAGUGCCGCAGCAGCGGUAGACUCUGUCACACUGCUGCGCAGAGGGCGGCGAGCGCGGGCUGCCAGCUGAGCGAGUGGAGCGAGUGGAGCCGCUGCAGCGUGUCGUGCGGCGUGGGCUACCAGCAGCGCAGCCGGACUGUACUGGUGCCGGGGCCCGUCGACGCGCCGUGCCCGCGCCACCUCGUGCAGCGCCACCGCUGCUACCGGCAGUGCUAGAGACCUGCCGACCCGCUCGAGCGACAGGCGAGUGGGACGAUGCCAAAGAUGUAACUUAGUUCAUUGAUUGCUGCCACUCCUUCGUAUGUUUAGUUGACAAUAGCGCAGAAGUCAAAGAGCUGCGUGUACGCAUGUUAAUUAGUAAGUAUCUCGAAGUCAAUAGAUGGUUGCCGAGUCUACUCACUGACUGUACUGCUCUCUGUGGCACCUACUUAAUACUCUAUUUCUUUAAAAUAAUAAUAAAUUAAUAUUCUUGCAAAACAA